AUGGCCAAGAUCUUUUUUUUUUCUUCCUUUCUUCUUCUCGGUUUUCUUGCUAAAUCUAAACGAGAAAACGAUCAAGUUAGGAAUGUUUAUGUUUUAAUUCUUUCUUGUCCUCUUUAUCUAUUUCUUUCUGCCUUUCUCUCUUUCGUUCUUUCUUUCUCUCUCUCUCUCUCUCUCUCUCUCUCUCUGUCUCUCUCUAUCUAUCUAUCUAUCUAUCUAUCUAUCUAUCUAUCUAUCUAUCUAUUUCUCUUUCACUCUCUCUUUGCUAUUGUGAACAUUAUUAUUUUUUAUCUUUUAAUAUGUUCAUAUCUAUCUAUCUAUCUAUCUAUCUAUCUAUCUAUCUAUCUAUCUAUCUGUUCAUAUCUAUCUAUCUAUGAAUAUGUUUAUAUCUAUCUAUCAUCUAUCUAUCUAUAUGUUCAUAUCUAUCUGUCUAUCUAUCUCAAUUUGUUUCUAUCGAUCACAGUUUGUUCGCAUCUUAGUGUGGCUUUAUUCUCUCUCUUUCUCUCUCUCUCUAUUCUCUCUCUCUCUCUCUCUAUCUCUUUUUCUAUAUCUAUCUAUCUAUCUAUCUAUCUAUCUAUCUAUCUACAUACAGAUUAUGGUAUGCUUCUUGGAGAAAUUAUCGCGCCUGUUUGUACGCGUAAAGAAGAGGCGGAGAAGGCGGAGGAGAAACAUCUAUCUAUCUAUCUAUCUAUCUGA